CACUGCCGCUCCAUCCUCACAGAAGAACAGCCGCCGCCACUCUGCUCCGGCGCGCUGCUGCCCUGCGACUACCUCGCCUGGAGCUGCCGCCGGCGCUUCUCCCCUGUCCCGCGCCACCGGUGCCGCCUUCCGUCGUCCCUCGCGCCGCUGCAGGCGUGCUGCCCUGGCCGAGUUCGUCGCCGGGGGCAAGGCUGACGACGCAUCCAGAGGCAUCGGUGACUUUCAAGGAUAGGUCACCGCCUCCUCUGCCACGCCAAGAGGUCGUCCGGAGAGAGCGCGUCGCGCGGCGCCGCGCGGCGCCGCGGCCGGUCACCUCCGAUCAGCCCACCCCCACGCCGAUCAGAUCUGCCCCCCUCCGGCCACGACGGUGUCUGACGGUCGGCAUGGAUAUGGAGCGCACUGACGUGCUGGUCGACAUCCUCCGCCACCUCCCGCCGCGCAGCCUCGCCGCAUCCCGCUGCGUCUGCACGUCCUGGCGGGCCACCGUCGACCACCACCGUCUGCUGCGCGCGGACCUGCUCCCGCUCUCCGUGGACGCGGUGAUCUGGGACAAUGAUACCAUAGACGCCCCGAUGCUCUUCGCCCGCCGCUCAACGGCGCGCUACAUCACCAGUAGGCUCGAUUACCUCGAAGAGGAUCCCGACUAUGGAAUGUACGCGGGGGAGAUGAGGGAUUACUGCAAUGGCCUCCUCUUGAUUCAGAACGACACGGUGGUCAAUCCCGCCACGCGGCAGUGGGCGCCAUUGCCCUGGCUGCCGUGCGCGUGCUCGCCCGAUGGGGAUUGCGGGCGCUGCCACAACAAUCGCUACCUCGCAUAUGACCCUACCAUCUCGCCACAUUACGAGGUAUUCUUCAUUCCUCGUAUUCCCUGUGAUGUACCCGAUGACAUGGCCUGCACUAUGGAGUGGCCACCUUCGCCGUAUACCAUGUAUGUUUUCUCGUCCAAGACAGAGUGUUGGGAAGAGAGGUCAUUCAUGCGAGAAGGGGAUGCUGCCGGAACAAUUGACGAUGUGAAAUCACAUCGGAAAUCUGAUCAGAAUUUGUACUACGCAGCUUACUGGCAGGGGUCACUUUACGUUCCUUUUAGGCAAAUACACGGUGGUUUUCUUCUGAGAAUAAACUUGUCGAGUGAUAAGUACCAAGUAAUUGAGUUGCCAAAAGGAGGCAUCAGAUCACUAUCUCGUCUAGGAAAAUCGGAAAAAGGGGUCUACUGUGUAUUGAAGAAUGGAAGAUGCACAUUUCAGGUUUGGUUUCUGUAUGAAUCGGGUGGUCUGAUAGACUGGGUUUUGAAGAAUGAAAUAAACCUGGAGCCAGCAUGGAGAGAAUAUUUUGAGAAACAUAUUGACGAAGGUCCAUGGAUCUCACAGUCGGAUGAUCAGAAAGAGUUGUUGUUGAAGAAUGAUGUCAACCUUAAACUUGUAGCUGAAUACAACGAAGCAGUAGAGAAAGAUGAUUUUGAGUGGGACUCUGAUGAUGAAAAUGUUCUCAGCACUGCAGGCUGGCCUAAGAAGUACAACCCUGACAAUGAAGCCUAUGAAACCCCUCUUCAACUUGAAUGUCUUGGAUUUCACCCUUACAAGGAAAUUGUUUUGUUUCAUGACCACAAUAGUGCAACGGUUGCAUAUCAUUUGAAUAGCUCGAAGGUUCGAUACUUGGGUGAGAUGGAGCACUACUAUUCCUUCAUUGAGAUCUCUUUUCCUUACGCCCCAUGCUGGACUAUGGACUUACCUGGAAGUAAGUAAUGUCAAGUCGUAGGCAUGUCUAGUUUGCAGCUAAUCUCAAACUGCUCUUUGUUCCAUUUUUCUCAGUGUGGAGUUAAGGCAAUUGACAAUCUAUUGUAUUAGUAUAUCCUGCAGAUUUUUGCAUUGGUUUUCAUCAUCUUAUAGGUGGAAUCCAUUCAGUCAUGUCAAUCUUU